CACAUAAUAUGUGUGUGCCUCCUUUCUUCUUCAAGAUCUCAACUUGUAGGCAUAUUUCUUCUCUUUCCAACUUCUAACGCCGACUUUUCCAUCAAGUCGCAAAUUCAAAGUCUUUUCCAAGAAGUCAGAGCUGAAGCAGUAUGUUUUGAUUUUUCCGCAAGGGAUUUUUAGUUUUUUUGCCCAAUUACUUGGGUAAAAAAACAUGAUAGAAGCCCCACUAUUCUCUCGGCAGAUUUGGGGUUUUCGUCCUCUUCUGGAGUUCAACAGUACAGAUUUACCGAGUCUUGGAUUUCGCUCUCUGGGUAUGUUUCAAUUUCCACUUUAAAAAAAAUUUGGUGUUUCUCGGUUCGAUCUGUUUGCACUGCUGCAAGAAUGGGAAGAUGUAAUUGCGGGGAAAUGUUUUGAAUUUUAGAUAAAUUUGGGGAUGAUUAAAGUGAUGUCUUCUUAUAGAAAAGGUAGAAUUAAAGAAGCUGCUUUGCGUCGGUUGCUGUCUCUGGUUCUGAUCACUGUAUUAGGGGCAUUGUUAUUCCUAUUAGUGCUACUUAGGACCAAAUCAUUUGGUGCUUUAGUUACCAUUUACAGAAAUGAUGGUUUCGAAAAUUUCGAAUUGAAGGAGUUUAGGAGAGAGCCUGUGAAAGAAUCAAACUCGAAUCUCCAUAAACAAAAUGAGGGUUUCGAAAAUUUGGAAUUGAGGGAGUUUAGGAGAGAGCCCAUGAAGGAAUCAAACUCGAAUCUCCCGAAACAAAAUGAGGGUUUCGAAAAGUUUGAAUUCAGGGAGUUUAGGAGAGAACCCAUGAAGAAAUCAAAGUCAAAUCUCCCGGAACAAAAUGAAUUGUCCAUCUCGUUGGAGUUGAAAAACCAGUUGCCUCCCAAGAACUUGGAUUUGUACCCAAAGUUAGCCAAAGAUCAUAUUGUGAUUGUUUUGUAUGUUCAUAACCGGCCCAAGUAUCUAAGGGUUGUAGUCGACAGCCUUUCCCGAGUUUCGGGGAUUCAUGAAACCCUACUGAUUGUUAGUCAUGAUGGGUACUUUGAUGAGAUGAACAAGAUUGUGGAAGAGAUCAGAUUCUGCCAAGUGAAACAAAUAUUCUCUCCUUACUCUCCCCAUAUAUUCAAUGGCAGAUUCCCAGGAAUCUCCCCAGGGGAUUGCAAGGAAAAAGACGACCCGGUUGAAAAGAACUGUACAGGGAAUCCUGAUCAGUACGGGAACCACCGGUCACCAAAGAUUGUGUCUUUGAAGCAUCAUUGGUGGUGGAUGAUGAACACUGUUUGGGAUGGACUAAAAGAAACCCGAAAUCAUGUGGGCCAUACCCUCUUCAUAGAGGAAGACCAUUUCAUUUUCCCAAACGCGUAUCGGAAUCUGCAGCUCCUUGUUGAACUAAAGCCCUGGAAGUGUCCUGAAUGCUAUGCCGCAAAUUUGGCACCUUUGGACGUGAAGUCGAGGGGAGAGCGAUGGGAGAUUUUGAUAGCAGAGAGGAUGGGAAACGUGGGGUACGCUUUCAACAGAACCGUUUGGAGGAAAAUACACGAAAAGGCGGGAACUUUCUGCACAUUCGAUGAUUACAAUUGGGAUAUAACGAUGUGGGCCACGGUCUACCCUUCGUUCGGUCAGCCCGUGUAUACAUUACGUGGGCCCAAGGCGAGUGCUGUCCAUUUCGGGAGAUGUGGGUUGCAUCAAGGGACAGAUAAAGGUGCUUGCAUAGAUGAUGGUUCCGUGAACAUUGAUCUUCAAGAAGAUGAUAAGGUUGUGAACAUCAAAUCGGAUUGGGGAGUGCAUUUGCACACACACCAAACAGGGUAUAAGGCAGGAUUCAAAGGUUGGGGAGGAUGGGCAGAUACACGGGAUCACCAACUUUGUCUGCAGUUUGCAAAGAUGUAUGCUUGAGGUUUGUUCUUUUGAACUUAUUAUAUACAUAUAUUGAACACGAAAAGAUGCUACAAGAUGUAAUACUUUAGGCAAGGUCUCUUGGUACUUUUACAGAUGAAUCUAGCUAUAACAUGAUAAAUCAGAAUUGCUUGAGUUUUUUUCCUUUUUUCACUACCCCAGUUAUCUUUAGGUUGUGUGCUAUUGUAUUUAC